UUCCCAUAGAUCGCUUCGUUUGUGAAAUCCGUGAAAGUGCCUUGUUAUUUCGUGAAAAAGUGUCGGUUCUGCUAUGAAUUUGUAAUUUUGUCGCAGCAAAUGUCCAUCGAAUCCCUCCCACGAUGGGUAUAACCGGUUUGAUUCCCUUCCUGGAGAAAGCAUCCGGUCGCUUUCACUUGCGUGACUUCCGUGGCCAAUGCGUCGCGAUCGACAGCUACUGUUGGCUGCACAAGGGUGCCUUUGCCUGUGCGGAUAAACUGGCCCGUGGCGAACCGACCGAUGUCCACAUUCAGUACUGUUUGAAGUACGUCAAUAUGUUGCUGUCGUAUGACAUCAAACCGAUUCUGGUAUUCGAUGGCCGGCACCUCCCGGCCAAGGCUAUGACCGAGGCCAAGCGGCGCGAGUCGAGGGAUAGUUCGAAGAAACGGGCAGCCGAGUUGCUGCGCCUAGGUAAGACUGAGGAAGCCAAGAGCCACUUGCGACGGUGUGUGGAUAUUACCCACGAGAUGGCCCUACAGUUGAUCCAGGAAUGCCGGAAACGGAACGUUGACUGUGUGGUAGCUCCUUACGAAGCGGAUGCUCAGCUAGCUUACUUGAACAAGAAGGGCAUUGCACAGGCUGUGAUUACGGAGGAUUCCGAUUUGAUGCUGUUCGGGUGCAACAAGGUGUUGUUUAAGCUGGACCUGACCGGAACUGGGUUGAUUAUCGAAGCGGAGAAACUAUACCUGGCAAUGGGUUGUAAAGAGGAGAAGUACACCUUCGAUAAGUUCAGGUAUAUGUGCAUCCUGUCUGGGUGUGAUUACUUGGAGUCGCUCCCGGGAAUAGGAUUGGCCAAGGCUCGAAAGUUUGUCAUGACGACGGAAGAUACCGAUAUCCAGAGAGCACUGACGAAAAUUCCAGCUUAUCUCAACAUGAGGCAACUGACGGUAUCGGAGGAGUAUAAAAUGAACUUUCUGAAAGCGGAUGCAACUUUUAAGCAUAUGGUGGUGUAUGAUCCGGUGGAACGGAAACAAAUCCGACUGAAUGAUCCGGAAGAAAUGGGAACCGAUCCGGAGCUAUGCUGCAAUGCUGGGAACCUUCUGGAAGACGACGCUGCAUUCCAACUCGCCUUGGGUAAUUUGGAUCCCUUUUCCAUGAAACGAUUGGACAACUGGCAUCCGGACGAUCCGAACUGGCAAGCGACGGGAGGUCAAACUUCCAACUGGAAACAGGCAGCGUUGACGAAGCAUCCCAGCGUUUGGAGUGGUUCCAUCUACGAUGGUCGGAAGCCCAAGCGAAUCGAUAUCUCCGAAGAGCUCACGACGGUACGGAAUGUGUUCAAAGUGGCGACUGUGAGGCGACCCGUUCCAAAUCCAGAUUUUGAAGAAUUGGAAAAGAACGAAUCCAUUGACGAUGUACUGCAGGCGUACGGAAUCAAGUCGAAGGAUCAGCAACCUCCGCUGAAACGACUUUGCCUAACAAGUACUACAACCGUGAAGCAGCAGCAGAGGAAGGCCAUCGAUUUCGAUGAAGUUCAGGUUUCGGAAGACAGGGCUGAGCGGGAGAAAAGUCCUCCCCGGAGAAAUCCUUUUCAAGUCACCUCUUCCACGGCUUCCAUCUCGAUUAAUCGACGAUCGACGGAGUCAAACCCGCUUACGUCACCCAUGAAAAUCACCUCGGAAAACAGUUCCCUCCUGCGGCAAGUCAGUCCGGUGAAGAAGAUCGCGUUCGACUCCAGGCCCACGCUGCAAAUUCGCAGCAAAACGGAAAAGCUCAGCCGCUUCAAACGAACCGUUAUUGCAAGCGAUGGUCAAAAGGUCAUCAGUCGAUUUUUCUCGGCUUCCUCCUCUUCGCAGCAGGUGACCACCGUCAUCGAUUCAGAUGAUGAAUCGCCACAGCAGCAGGAGCAAGAGGAAACGAGCUCGAUUCAAACGGCCAACGUGUACCUGCUUUCACCGGACGCCAGAGGAGAGAAGACUCCAAAAAAGCAGCGACCUCCAUUGCACAGCGGUGCCAGCUGCUCUCCAGCUCCGCCAGUAAAAGGGGAACGCAGUGUCGAGAAGUUGGACAGUGGUUUCGUGGAUGAUUCCGCGGCGGAACUCAGCUCGUCACAAAAGGAGAACGAAUCUGACCAGGUGAAGCCGUCGUCCCGGUUGGCACUGUUCGUCAAGAAGGAACCGACACGGAUGGGUGUUGGGGAUACCGGGAAAGGGGAGAUGACUGAGGGAAAGACUGAAGAAGCGGAUAUUGUAGAGAUUAAUGAUGAUGACGACGAUGAGGGAGAUGCGGUUGCUGUUCAGACGAAGAUUAGUCCCAGUCGGGGACGCGUUGGAAUUACCAGCAAUAGCAGUAGUCAGAAAAAGUCUACCUGCAGACGAGUAGGACUGUCGCGGAACAAAAGUUCGAAAGACGUUGGACCAACUCAGAGUAAGCUGUCGAUGUUUGGAUUCCAGAAAAAGUAAGUGGCGAAUGGAGUACAAAUGAAGUGAACAACUUCAAGCUUAAGGUGAUCAUUACCCACUGCCUCACUCACUGCCCUUGGAGAACAAAAAGCAUUUGAAUUACGAUAGAAUAUCAAUGCAGAAUUGUUUGUUGUUUUAAUAAAAUCAUCGUUGAAUUUUGUUUCAGUGUAAGUUAA